AUGGCCGACAAGCGAGUCGAGAGCGAUGCCUUUGGCGAGAUCGAAGUGCCCGCCGACAAGUACUGGGGCGCCCAGACGCAGCGGUCGCUGGGCAACUUCAAGAUCAACCAGCCGCAGGACCGCAUGCCGCCGCCGGUGAUUACGGCCUUUGGCAUUCUCAAGGGCGCCGCGGCCACGGUCAACAUGCGCUACGGACUUGACCCCAAGAUUGGCGUGGCCAUCCAGCAGGCCGCAAAAGAAGUCGCCGACGGCAAGCUGCUCGACCACUUCCCCCUCGUCGUCUGGCAGACCGGCUCCGGCACCCAGUCCAACAUGAACGCAAACGAAGUCAUCUCCAACCGCGCCAUUGAGAUCCUCGGCGGCACCAUGGGCUCCAAGAAGCCCGUCCACCCCAACGACCACGUCAACCGCAGCGCCUCGUCCAACGACACCUUCCCCACCGUCAUGCACAUCGCCGCCGUCCUCGAGCUGGAGCGCGACCUGCUGCCCGCCCUGCACAGCCUCCGAGCUGCUCUGCAGGCCAAGGUCGACGACUUUGAGGCCAAGAAGAUUAUCAAGAUUGGACGCACCCACUUGCAGGAUGCCACCCCUCUCACCCUGGCCCAGGAGUUCUCCGGCUACGUUGCCCAGCUCGACUUUGGCAUCAAGCGUGUCGAGAGCUCUCUGCCCGACCUGAAGCUGCUGGCCCAGGGCGGCACCGCUGUCGGCACCGGCAUCAACACCUUUGAGGGCUUUGCCGAGGGUAUCGCCGAGGAGGUCAGCAAGAUGACCGGCAUCACCUUCCAGACUGCCCCCAACAAGUUUGAGGCCCUGGCUGCCCACGACGCCGUCGUCCAGGCCCACGGAAGCCUCAACACCCUGGCCGCCUCUCUGACCAAGAUUGCCCAGGACAUCCGAUACCUCGGCAGCGGUCCCCGAUGCGGCCUCGGCGAGCUGGUUCUGCCCGAGAACGAGCCCGGCAGCAGCAUCAUGCCCGGAAAGGUCAACCCCACGCAGUGCGAGGCCCUCACCAUGGUCUGCGCUCAGGUCAUGGGCAACAACGUCGCCACGACCAUUGGCGGCAUGAACGGCCAGUUUGAGCUCAACGUGUACAAGCCGUUGAUUAUCCGCAACCUGCUGCACAGCUCGCGCAUCCUUGCCGACGGAAUGCGGUCGUUUGAGGAGAAUCUCGUCGUCGGGCUGCAGGCCAACGAGGAGAAGAUUGCCAGCAUCAUGAAGGAGUCGCUCAUGCUGGUUACCUGCCUCAACCCCAAGAUUGGCUACGACAUGGCCAGCAAGGUGGCCAAGAACGCGCACAAAAAGGGCCUGACGCUGAAGCAGAGUGCCAUGGAGCUGCAGGCACUGACCGAGCAGGAGUUUGAUGAGCUCGUUAAGCCCGAGCUCAUGGUUGGACCCAAGAAGGUGUAA